UAUUUCGGACACUUCUGGACCUAUAGGAUGAGGAAUCAAGAAUGUAAAUGACUUUUAUGGAUGACCCCUUAUGUAUCAUGUAGAACGUUCCAUUUCAUAAAUCUGCUUUGCUCACUAAUAAUACUAAAAAUUCUGUGAUGUAUUAUAAAAUUGUUAAUAAAAUUUCAGAAAUCAGAACUUGAUGAGGAGUCAUUGGAAUUGUAUAUUGGUGUCCUACAGUGCAUUAAGUAUUUAUACAAGGCAGAAGAUUUUAACAUAAACAUUUUUUCUGGAGACUUAGCAAAAGCAGGAUUUACAAUACUUCUCCCAUUUACCUUAAAUUGGGCAACCACAAGAAAUUUACACCAUUUGAGACACCUUGUUCAGCAAGUAAUGAUUGAAUAUCUCACUUGCUUGGCUGAAGAUCAUUUAGGGACGUCUUCAUGGCUUGAAAGUUUUGAUCUCAAAUUUUAUUUUGAAGAAGGAAUUUGCUCAUUACCUUUGAGGUUUAGUGAUUGCCUUCCAGCUCGUGAACUUCAUUUAAACUGUUUAUUAAAUUAUCUUACGUCUUUGCCAGUUGCUGAAUUCCCAACACCAGUAUUAAAGGCAUUUUGGUUUCUCUACACU